AUGACUAACGUAACAUAUAUGCCUCAGAGAUUUAUCACACUGAAAGAUAUUGUCAUAUUGUGCAAGGCGACUCAUUUAAUUCAUACUCUUAAAUCAAAUGAGAAUGGUCUCCAAUUACGAUCGAUUUUCUGGUGUCAACUGGAUCAUCGCACAGAUGAUGCUCCUAUUACUCCUUGGGUACGUGGAGAAGUUAUUCAUGAAGGAAUGGUCCCUGCUGAUAGAGGUUAUGUACCGAAAAAUAUCUUCGGCAGACGUUACUUCACAAGUGGUAAUUCAAAGUAUUACAAUGGGGGCAAUGGAGCUGGCGGUGGUGGUUACUUUCACCAAGGUCGUAGAGGUGGUCGUGGGAAUAAUCGAUACUAUUAUCAUGCAGGCCAACGCAUUUACUACAAUAAUAAAAAUGGAAACGAAAAUAACUACAGAUCCCGAUGUGCAUCUGUUCAUUCUUUAUGUGCAUCUCCAAUGUCACUUAGUCAAUCACAGAUCAGUAUGGUAGACUUCGAUAAGCACAGUUAUUAUCCAUAUUAUAAAAAUGAUGCGACACGUCACCAACGUCAUCGUUUCUCAAAUUUCGCUCAUAACAUGACUAAUGAACAGCUGAUGGAUGAAUAUAUUGAUGACUGUCUGUCUACAGACAUUGAACAAUAUCAAUUGAAGUUGGAUAUGGAUAGUAGUUUGUACGAUGGAUACGGUGCAAAGAUAAUGAUGAAACGAGCGGAUAAUAUUGAUAAUUGGAAUAGAUCAUCAUCUCCAUCUAUGGAUUCCGAUUUACUGUCUAUUGAUAUCAGCCAGUCGUCAUCAACAAAUAACCAGUUUUGUCAAAGAGUUGAUGGAAAUCCUGAAGAGGAUUAUCAACGCUUGAAAAGAAAAAGUAAGAGCUCUUUAAACCUAUCAACACCAAAUGUUAUUGCAAAUGAUUGUCACAUUGAUAAUGUUCAUGAUGAGGACCAUGUUCACGAUAAUACAGAGGAAAAAAAGAACUGUAUGGAUGAUGGUAAAUCUGGAAACAUGAAUGAUUAUCAUACUCUCGUAUGGGGUGAUCUGCGUGAAACCAUUGGAAAUAAUUAA